CCUUUUGAUGACGCCCCUUUGAGCUCGACCCCUACUUGUAUAAAGGAAAUUCUCAUCGAGUUAACUCCUCAAAUAUCUUCCCUCACAUACCGCGGGCAUAGUAAUUUCAAAUAUAUACUGUCAAUAUUCAGAUCCCUUAAACCCACAGGUCAAAAUGCGUUUUACUACCUCCCUUUUCGCGGCUACCCUCGCCGCAGCCCACGUAGUCGAACAGGCUCCUCGAGAUGCUAUGAUCACGCCUGCCCCCGUACUAAAGGGACGUCAGUCAUGGCAUGACUCCCUCUCGUCGGCACUCGCCCAAGCUAGCUCAGCGCAAGCACGUGCCAGCUCCAUCGCACAGCAAUACGGAGGAAACGGAGCAGAAUGGCGGGCAGCCGAAAGCUCCGCUUUAGCAGCAGCAGGCUCAGCCCAAGCCGCGGCAAGCAGCAUCGCUGCGCAGUAUGGAAAACGCGAGCUUAAUGAGCGCCAGGCUUGGGAAGUCGCCGUAUCCGAGGCCGAAGCUGCCGCAAGUCAGGCUGCCGCAUUAGCCAGCAGCAUCGCCGCUGAUUUCGGAAAACGCGACGGCCACGCCCUUGAUGCCCGUCAAGCCUGGAAGGAGGCGCAGUCCGCGGCCGAGAAAGCCGCCAGUGAAGUGGCUGCGAUAGCAAACAGCAUCGCAGGCGACUUCGGCAAACGCCAGGACUGGCAAUCAGUAGCCGAUUCUGCCGAAAGCCUCGCAAACUCGUGGGGUAGUGCCGGACAGUCGAUCGGCAACUCGUGGGCUUCCGUCGGAUCCGGCGUCGCCAAGUCUGCUGAGAGCUUUGGCCAAUCGGUUGCCAGCGAUGCUCAAAGCCUCGGGUCUUCUAUCGCGAGCAGUGCUGAGAGUCUCGGCUCCUCGAUUGCGAACAGCGCGCAAAGCCUCGCUACAUCGGUAGUCAACAGCAUCGAGAGCGUAGCUUCCACUGCUGCCGACGCCGCUCUAUCUUCUGCUAGCGCUGCCGUCGCCAGUGCUGAGAGUGUUGCUUCUACUGCCACUGGCACCGCUCAAGCAGCCGCCUCAUCCGCCGUCGAAAGCGCCCACUCCGCUGCCUCCGUCGCAUCAAGCGCCGCAUCAGCAGCUUCGGAAACCGCAAGUCCCAGCACCAGUGCCGAUGUCAACACCAAUGCCGCACCAGGUACUGUCGAACUAUCAUCCUCGCUGCUAAGCAUGUCUGUCGCAGCUUUUGCUGUUCUCUUGGGGGCUGCUUUAUUGUAAUUUAAUAAUUUCGAAGGGUCAACAAUAUAGAUCUAGAAGGGUCAUUAGGGAGUAACAGUAUUUAGAGGUAUUCUUGAGGAUAU